UUCUCAGUGGGGGAAGUUCAGAAGCCUAGCUCCAGAAGCAGACCAGUGGCCAACCAAAAUUCCAACACAGAUCUGGAACAUUUAAGUCAGGUGGCUGACUAUAUUGUCAAUCAAGGUGUGUCCAAAAAUACACAAAAAUCAUACAAUUUGGCUCUGUCAAAACUUUGUACCUUUAGAUCAUCUUAUAAAUUGAAACAGGAUUGGCCGGUGCCAGUCAAUGAUUUGUUAAAUUUUAUAGCUUUUUUGUCAGUACAGGGUCUUUCGGGGGGAACCAUAUCAUCUUAUAUAUCAGGAGUUUCAUACCAUCAUAAAAUUCAAGGGAUACAGGAUACUACAAAAUUCUUUAUAAUUGGAAAGGCAUUAGAAGGAAUAAAAAGAAUUCAAGGGGGAAAACGUAAUGACAUUAGAGCACCAAUUACAGUGCAAUUGUUAUCAGAUAUGAUAAGUUGUUUAGAUAAAGUAUGUAAGAAUAAAUAUGAAGCUGCUUUAUUUUCAGCAGUUUUUUCUGUUGCCUUCCUUGGUUUGCUAAGAGUAGGGGAAAUCACUACUUCAAAAUCCAAGUCUGUUAUAAAUGGCUCCAACUUAACAAUUUCAGAUAUUUUAGUUAGGAGAAAAGUCCUGGAGCUAAGAGUAAGGUGGUCAAAAACUGACCAAAAGGGAAAGUCUGUUACUUUGUUGAUACCGGAGAACGGAAAAAACUACUGUCCGAUACGACUCAUUAACGAAUAUUUAAAGGUACGACCUACCUGUAACAAUUCAGAUUUGUUUAUCCAUUAUACUGGUAUGCCUUUAACUAGAUACCAAUUCAGUAGUAUACUGGAAAAAGCUUUACAUUUUCUUCAUAUUAGUAAAGGUCAUUUUAGGUCACAUAGUUUUAGAAUUGGGGGAGCCACGGAACUAGCCAGGCAGGGGGUCUCAGAGGAGUUAAUUAUGAAAUUAGGCAGAUGGAAAUCGCAUGCUUAUUCUCGAUAUAUAAGGUUACAAUUUUUCUAGUUCAAAUGGCUAACAAGCUACAGGUUUUCACAGGUCCCAAGAUUUUAUGGAUUGUUGGAAGUUCCCUUGUUCAUUGGGCCAACGUAGAGGCGAAGAAAUAUGGUAGAAACAACCUGGGACUGGGGUCAAAAGGUGUAACAACAUACUGGAUUGGGCAACCUGGCUUACAGUUUAAAGAUUUGGACUCCCUACUGGACGCAAAAAGAAAUUGUUUACCUUCUCCUCAUUUUAUUAUUAUUCACUGUGGAGCUAAUGAUUUGACAGACUUAGAAUUGACAGGGAAGGGUUUAAUGGAAAAUGUAAAAUGUUCUAUCCUACGUUACAAGGCUUUAUUUAAAAAAGUUAUUAUAAUAUGGUCUUCAAUGCUACAGCGCAGAUACUGGCAUUUUGCUCCCUUGAAUGCGGGAGCAAUAAUCGAACAGAAAAGAAAAAGAGUGAAUUCAGUGGUCAAAAACUUUGUAAUAGAAAACGGGGGGAAAGCUAUAUUACAUGAGAACAUUAGGGCAAGUGAAGUGUCUUUAUACAGAACAGAUGGAACUCAUUUGUCUCAAACUGGAAAUCAGGUUUUCUUAAAUAAUAUACAAGGGGGUGUUGAGUCUUUCCUACGCACAACAAAUUCAACUUUUCCAAUAAAUCAAUAAUGAAAAUUUUGUGGAGGUGAGAACCCCAGUCAGAUUUGGUAGCUGACUGGGGCUCUCAUGUGGCGGUCCAGGGAGACUGGUAGUGAUUGGGGGAUUAUUUCACUCGGCCCUUGCUCUGGGCCUGACAAGUUCUACAAUUUGCAGGUUUGGAAAAUGUGGUUAGUGGUAACAGUGGGGUCUACAGAUGGGUAACGCUGGGACCUCCUCCACCUCAUCUUAUAGAGGGGAGGCCUACACCUGCCAACAGGUGGGGCACUUAUAACUGGAGCAUUGGUAAUACGAGUGUUUUUCCCCGGUCACUCCCCAUGGUAGAUGGUGGUGUAACCGUGUUUAACUACCAGGGGUUUUAUGACACUAUGUCAACAUAGGUCAGCUGAUAGCCAUUGUGUUAGGUAAUCGGUAGUCACCCUGGCGCCUCAACAAAAUAUUAUAGAAUACUCUGUAGCCAAAGUAAUGCCACA